AGGAGGCAGACCAGAGCAGGGCAGCGGCACGGCUCCCCUUGCCCUCUUUGCUUUGGCCUGGCCUGGCUUGGCUUCCCACGGAAGACAAGUAUCCUUGUCUCUGGCUCCCCCCAUUCUUCCCCACCCCUCUUCUUCACCCUGUGACUCUGAGCAGCAACCUAGCUGCUGUUUCCGUGCGCUUGACCGUCUGUGCGGCGGUGGAGGCGCGGCGAGAGCGGCGGAGGCGGAGGAGAGAUGAGCGUGACCAAGUUCAUCAAGUGCGUCACGGUGGGGGACGGCGCCGUCGGCAAGACCUGCAUGCUCAUCUGCUACACCAGCAACAGGUUCCCCAGUGAUUACAUCCCCACGGUGUUCGACAACUUCAGCGCCAACGUCUCCGUCGACGGCAACAUCGUCAACCUCGGCCUAUGGGACACCGCCGGGCAAGAAGACUACAGCCGGCUGAGGCCGCUGAGCUACAGAGGCGCCGACGUGUUCGUGCUCGCCUUCUCCCUCAUCAGCAGCGCCAGCUACGAGAAUGUUCUUAAGAAGUGGAUGCCAGAGCUCCGCCGGUUCGCGCCGAAUGUCCCCAUUGUUCUUGUUGGGACCAAGCUAGAUCUGCGUGACCACAGAGCCUACCUCGCCGACCACCCCGGUGCUUCAGCAAUCACAACUGCACAGGGUGAAGAACUUAGGAAGCAGAUCGGCGCCGCGGCUUACAUCGAGUGCAGCUCCAAGACACAGCAGAACGUCAAGGCUGUGUUUGACACCGCCAUAAAGGUGGUCCUCCAGCCGCCGAGGAGAAGGGAGGUGAUGUCCGCCAGGAAGAAAACCAGGCGAAGCUCUGGAUGCUCCAUCAAGCACUUGAUCUGCGGGAGUACGUGCGCUGCUUGAAUUAGCACCAUGGAGGCCUGGACUGACUAUGGAGAUGAAGCAUGGUGUAGUAGCAAGUGGAUUUGCUGACAUAGCAAGGGUUUCUUUCUGGUGCAUCUGUUCUGUUUAGCUACUAUGUUGCUGUGUUUUGGUAUCUAUUUCCAAACCUAGAGCGUCAGGCUCUGGGAUCGACUAUUAGGAUUGGUGUAAUCUGUAAUGUUAUGUAAGCAAUGUUCUCUGGAACAGCUAGAUAGAGAGAAGCUAUAAAAGUUUAUGCUCUUAACCAA